CUAUUAUCAAAACCAUAACCAGCUUCAGGUGGCUUCACAUCUUGGGACUAUAAAGCUAAACAAUAGAAACUGCUGCGAUGGCAACUAAGGAAAGGUCCGAUAUGUCAGCCAGGUCUUUUGUGGAUGGACUUUUGAAGUCGCACAAAGUUGUUGUUUUCUCCAAGUCUUAUUGUCCGUAUUGUCACAAAGCAAAAGCAGCACUGGAAAGUUGUAACGUCAAGCCCGACGCUAUGGCAUGGAUUGAGAUCGAAGAUAGACCAGAUUGUGCGCAAAUCCAAGACUAUCUGAAGGAUCUGACCGGAGCUCGUUCAGUACCUCGAGUCUUCAUUAACCAGAAGUUCUUUGGUGGUGGGGAUGACACCGCUGCUGCUGCAAAGAAUGGAAAGCUUGCUAAGCUGUUGAAAGAGGCUGAGGCAAUUUGAUUCGCUAUUUCGUUUCUAAUUUCUUCAUUUCAUCUGCUUUGCUUUCGGCGGACCCUCUUCCUCUACUUAUCACUUUUUCUUAUGGUAUGGAGUAUUCAGUAUUGAGAUUUCCGUCUGUUCUUUUCAUUCUUUUCUGAGAAAUCUUUGAUGAUAGAAGUGACUUAGCAAAUUCAUUCGUUACAAUGUUGUAGUCCAUUUGUAUGUGAUACCUCAUAGAGAGCUUUCUUAGGCACAGCUUAUAUGAGUGUGUUGUUGUAGGAUCAGAUUCUUGACUUCAACAUAUAUGUCGUGGAUGAUCUUGUGCGAUUUUUACCUCUCUGAACAAAUUUCUCAUUCCUUACAACAGUUCAACUACGAAACAUACACUAAUUAUGCAAGCAGUC